AUGAUGACGUUAGAAAAGAAAGUAAGACAUAGAGGAACAAAAGUCAGUGCGGAUCAAAUGUCGCAACUGGUUGAUUUGUUAUCAUUACCGCAAAAUAAAACCGUCCUCACCAUGAAGCCCAAUCCUCUUAAGGUGGGAGAGUUGCUUAAAUUAUGGGAAUCCAUAGGAAAGUCUUUAAAUUUAUUAUCGGGGCCAAAAAAGUGUGCCGAAGACUGGCGAAGGUACUUUGUAGAGUGGAAGUCUCGAACGCGUAAAAAGGCAAGGGAUUUCAAAGUAGAGGCGCAGGCCACGGGUGGUCGACCCAAUUCUGCAAAGCCUUUAACUGAACUGGACGAAAAAUUAAUGGGUUUACGGACAUGCCAGAGGAACAAGAAAUUCAAGAAAAACCGGAAGAAAACGAAAAUUCAAAUUUUUCUAGGAAAUGUCGUAAAGGAUUUUUGGCAUGACAUUUUAUCACCCUAUUAUAAAGUUCUUGAAGUCAAAAAUGAAUGCUAUCCAGAUAAAUUUGAUGUCACCGAAACAAGUGCGCAGGUAAAUUUGCAAAGUCUUUUAGACCAUACUUCAAAACAUUUAUUGGAAGCAAUUCAAAUUAAAGAACAUGAAAAUGAAUUACUUUUGAUUAGUAAAUGGGGAUGUGAUGGUGCUUCCGGCCAAUCUGAAUAUAAUAAAAAAUAUUUGCUGCAAGAAAAUCAAGAAACUUUAGAUGGAUCAGAAGGCCAGGGAAGCCAGGGUUGUCCAUUCUGCAGAGCAGAAAUUAAAGGUACUGAACAAAUUGUGGUAGAUCCGUUUGAUCCAAAGAAAACACAAAACCGAAAUGCAAUUAACAAGGGCUCCUCCGCUAGUUCACCAAAUGCACAAAACCUUGACGAUGAAGACUUGGAGUUAGAGGUAGCCAUAAAUGAUUCAUAG